AACCAUAUCAAUAACCAUAUCAGUGAUACUGGUGAUAGAUGAGGUAGUUACAUGUAUACUAUCAGUAUAGGUAAAGUGGCUGAGCAGCAGGAUACAUUUUUUAAAGUAGCAACAACAUAUGGUGUGUGUUAGGAGAGAGUCAUGUGACUAGAAGCACUGCAGACAGUGCUGAUGACUGGGAACUCUCCGCCAAUGAUGAACUGGUCCGUCUGAACCACGCAUGAACAAGGGAAUCUAUAUUCAGAGAGCCUGUUUCUGUCCUGCCCUUGACUUUUGGUGCAGGGCAUGUGUUGUCCAUAGCUUCUUCGUAGCAAAACUCCCUGAUCUUCUCAAAAAUAUCAGAUUGUCAAGUUGUGUCCAGUCCAGAUGGUGCUUGUACAGGCAGACCAUCUAUGGGAGGAAGGAUGUCAGCGUUGUGCAGCAGCUGAAACCUGGUCCCGACUGAGUCCCAACGCUCCUUGGUGACAACAACACCAGGCUUCAGAGCAUCAAUGCUGUAAAACAGGAAAUAACUAAACCAAUUGAGAAGACAUGACAACCUUGCAUAACAUCAAUUCACCUCCCGAGUUUACAUAUGAAGAAUAACCUCAUACAAUGCAAUGAAAAUGAUAUUCAUCUGAAGUGCUGGUACUUCUUGAUCUGUGGCAGUGGCCUGAAGAACGGAGUCAGGUGUUGUUGCCAGCCAUAACUUUCCACCAGCACCGUACCAUCCUCCAGUCCAACCAGCUGUGGGAUGGUGACCCCUGUCACUGUGCUGUUCUUCACAACACCAGCAAUCUCAGACAAAGUGUUAAUGGGGAUCCAACCAGCUGAGUGAGCUGUGACUUACAUCUAAAACAAGUCUCUCUGGGGAGAGAAAGGCGGGGACUUCUUCCUCUAAAAUGAGUCUCUCUGGGGAGAGAGAGGAGGGGACCACUGCCUCUAAAAUGAGUCUCUCUGGGGAAAGAGAGGAGGGGAACACUGGUUCUAAAAUGAGUCUCUCUGGGGAGAGAAAGGAGGGGACCACUGCCUCUAAAAUGAGUCUCUCUGGGGAGAGAGAGGAGGGAACCACUGCCUCUAAAAUGAGUCUCUCUGGGGAGAGAGAGGGGGGGACCACUGCCUCUAAAAUGACUCAAGACACCAGUUCAAAGAGUGUCCAGAAGCCCAGAGCAGAGUCACCUACAACCAGCCUGCUAUCAAUGAAGAGUGAUCAGCCACCUGCUUUCAGCCAGGAACCAUUACCAGAUGACAAUAAGGAAGUGGAGAGUUUGGACAGUGAGGAUGUAUUAAAGAUCACACACAACCUUCAGGACAGAAGAAGUCAAUCUCUGCUGACAGUCCAACAAGACGUUAAGGCUAAACUGAAACACAAGUAUCAACACAUAUCUGAAGGAAUUGGACACCAUGGAAACCAAAGUCUGUUCAAGGACAUCUACACAGAGCUCUACAUCACAGAGGGUGGAAGUGGAGGGCUCAAUAAUGAACAUGAGGUUAGACAGAUAGAGAUGGCAUCCAAGAAACAAACCACACAAGAGACACCAAAUAAAAGCAACGACAUCUUCAAGCCUUUACCUGGACAAGACAAACCUAUCAGAACUGUGCUGACCAAAGGAAUCGCAGGCAUUGGAAAAACAGUCUCUGUGCAGAAGUUCAUCCUUGACUGGGCAGAGGGAAAAGCAAAUCAGGACGUUCAUUUCAUGUUUCCUCUUCCUUUCCGUGAUCUGAACCUGAAAAAGGACCAAUACAGUCUGAUGCAACUUCUUUCCCACUACUUCUCAGAGCUGAAAGAGAUUGACAGCAUUGAAGAUGGUGAAACCAAAACUGUUUUCAUUUUUGAUGGUCUGGAUGAGUGUCGACUUCCUCUAGACUUCAAAAACAAUGAGAAGUGCUGUGAUGUCACGGAGCCAACCUCAGUGGACGUGCUGCUGACAAAUCUCAUCAAGGGGAAUCUGCUUCCCUCUGCUCUCCUCUGGAUAACCUCAAGGCCUGCAGCAGCCAAUCAGAUCCCUCCUGAGUGUGUUGACCAGAUCACAGAGGUACGAGGGUUCAAUGAUCCACAGAAGGAGGAGUACUUCAGGAAGAAAAUCACAGAUCAGAAUCUGGCCAAUGAAAUCAUCAAACACAUGAAGACAUCAAGGAGCCUCCACAUCAUGUGCCACAUGCCAGUCUUCUGUUGGAUAUCAGCCACUGUCCUUGAGAUGAUUCUGAAAGAGGUAGAGAAGGAUGAAGUCCCCAAAACUCUGACCCAGAUGUACUCACACUUCAUGAUCCAAAUCAUUGUGAAGAACAGGAAGUAUAACAAAGCCACAGAGACAAACCCAAAGGAACUGUCUCAGUCAGACAAAGAGAUGAUCCUUAAACUGGCAAAGCUGGCUUUCCAACAGCUGCAGAAGGGCAACCUGAUCUUUUAUGAGGAGGACCUGAGAGAGUGUGGCCUUGAUGUCACAGAGGCAUCAGAGUACUCAGCAUUGUGUACAGAGAUCUUUAAAGAAGAAUCUGGGCUGUACCAAGACAAGGUCUACAGCUUUGUGCAUCUGAGCAUUCAGGAGUUUCUAGCAGCAGUGCAUGCUUUAGAAUCAUGUCUGGGCAAGAAGGAAAAUGUUUUCUCCCCCAAAGCAGUCACUAAGCGUCAAGGUUACUAUGAAAACAGCCGAUUCAAAUUCUGGUCAUGCAAGUUGAAGCCUGACAAGUUAACGUCAAUCGAUGAUAAUAAUUCCGAUGAUGAUGAUUCCGAUGAAGACAAAAAGGAUGACAAUGAUGAAGAGGAGUCAAUCCAGUUGUCUGACUUACACAGGAGAGCAGUGGACCAGGCCUUGAAGAGUGAGAUUGGACACCUGGACCUGUUCCUCUGCUUCCUUCUGGGUCUCUCACUGGAGUCCAAUCAGAAUCUGUUACGAGGCCUUCUGACACAGACAGGAUGUACCACACAGACCAAUGAGGAAACAGUUGAGAGAACAGUCAGGUACCUUACAGACAACAUCAACCAGGAAUCCUCACCAGAAAGGAUCAUCAACUUGUUCCACUGUCUGAAUGAACUUGAUGCCAAUUCUCUAGUUGAAGACAUGCAGACCUCCCUGCGAUCAGGAACUCUUUCAGAAACAGAGCUAAAACCUGACCAAUGUUCAGCCCUAGCCUACCUGUUACUGAUGUCAGAGGAGGUGCUGGAGGAGUUUGACCUGAAGACAUACAACACAUCAGAGGAAGGUUAUCAGAGGUUGCUGCCGGUAGUGAAAACCUGCAAGAGAGCACUACUAGCUGGCUGUAAACUCACAUAUAAAUCCUGUGAGACUCUGGCCUCAGCUCUGCAGACACCAAACUCCCCCCUGAGAGAACUGGACCUCAGCUACAAUGACCUGGGAGACAGAGGAGUGGAGCUGCUCUGUGUUGGACUAACCAGUCCACUCUGCAACAUACAGACACUAGUUCUGGGUCAGUGUGGUCUGACAGAGGGUACCUGUUCUGAUCUGGCCUCAGUCCUGAGUUCACCCAGCUCACAACUGAAACAACUGGAGCUGAGAGACAAUGACCUGCAGGACUCAGGAGUUACAUUGCUGUCUGCUGGACUGAAGGAUCCAGACUGUAAACUACACACACUGGGGCUGUCUGGCUGUCUGGUCACAGAGGAGGGCUGUGCUGCUCUGUCUUCAGCUCUGAGGUCAAACCCCUCCCUCCUGAAAGAGCUGGACCUGAGCUACAAUCACCCAGGAGACUCUGCAGGGGGACUGCUUUCAGCUGCUCUGGUGGAUCCCACAUAUAAACUGAUGAAGCUGAAUGUGGAUCAUGGUGGAGAGUGCAGGCUGAAAUCAGGGCUGAGGAAAUAUGCCUGUCAUCUCACCCUGGACCCAAAUACAGCAAACCCAAACCUGAGACUGUCUGAGGGGAACAGGAAGGUGACACGGGUGUUGAAGGAGCAGCAUUAUGAAGACCAUCCAGACAGAUUUGAUUGUCAUUGCCAAGUUGUCUGCAGUGAAGUCAUUUCUGGAGGUCGUUAUUACUGGGAGGUGGAGAGAGAUGGUGACAUGGCUGACAUUGGUGUCGUGUACAAAGGAAUGAAGAGGAAGGGACGGGAGGAUGACAGUUGGAUUGGACUCAAUAGGAAGUCCUGGUGUUUAUACUGCUAUGAUAGUGCUUAUGAAUUUAUCCAUGCUGGAGUCAGCAGAUCCAUCUCUGGUCGUUAUUCUAACAGAGUUGGAGUGUAUCUGGACUGGCCAGCUGGUACUUUGUCCUUCUAUAGUGUGUCCUCCUCUGGUACACUGACACACCUUCACACAGAACACACCACAUUCACUGAACCCCUCUAUCCUGGAUUUGGGGUUUACUCCUCCUCCUCAGUGACCCUGUGUCAGAUAGAUGACCAACACAUUCAGAGUCUAUCCUUCUGCUUUACCAACACCAGAGACCAUGGUGGAGAGAGUUGGACCAAGCCUGGACCUGAGAACACCAGAGACCAUGGUGGAGAGAGUUGGACCAAGCCUGGACCUGAGAACACCAGAGACCAUUGUGGAGAGAGUUGGACCAAGCCUGGACCUGAGAACACCAGAGACCAUGUUGGAGAGAUUUGGAUCAAACCUGGACCUGAGGACACCAAAGACCAUGGUGGAGAGUGUUGGACCAAGCCUGGACCUGAGGACACCAGAGACCAUGGUGGAGAGUGUUGUAUCAAGCCUGGACCUGAGGACACCAGAGACCAUGGUGGAGAGUGUUGUAUCAAGCCUGGACCUGAGAACACCAGAGACCAUGGUGGAGAGUGUUGGAUCAAGUCUGGACCUGAGAAAUGGAUUCCUCAGAGCUGUAAGACUUGUGACCAUGUUGAGGACUCCACACACUGGCUUCAGAUUGAACCCUUGACUUCCACUGCCCAGGGAGUGACAAUGUUCAGACACAAGACACCCAAAGGGAGUUAUGAGUGCACAGUGUCUGGGCUCCGCUGGCUGUGUGAGAGAGAUGUCAUUCUGAAGUAUCACUUCAGGAACUGGGAACCCUACAGUCAACUUCUGAAAGACAUGCAGUACACACAAGGUGGUCCAUUGCUGGACAUCACUAUGGAGUUAGGUGAACUGGAGGAAGUUCAUCUGCCACACUUUGUCUGUUUAGGGACCAACCCUUCCUUGAGGAAUGAGAUGAAGAUUCUUCAUGUAGAGGAACAUGGAGUGUCUUUAGAGGAAGUGCAUGAGGUCACCAGAUUCCAUGUUAAGAUUCUCCAUCCCAAAUUCUCACCUAUCUCUGUUAUACUGAGAUUACUGUCUUGGAACGUAGAUGUCCACUGUGAUGUGGUCCUCUACAUGGCAGUAAAGAGGUCAACAGUCAUUUCAAGGCUGUACCUGCUCCUCAGAAACUCCAGUCAGAAAGAGGCUGUUCAGGAACGGGAGAAAAACCAGGUGUCCAAAGGAUUUUCAGAAUUCGUCCUGUCAAGUCCAAACGGGUCCUUAAAGCUGAACAGUUGGUUUGCGUUCAAGAAUCCCCUCUCCACUUCCAUCAAUCCAGAGAAGAUUCAGCUGUUACCUGCAGACACCACACCAAGCUGUUGUCAGAUGAUAAUGGGAAACACAGGGGUUGACAUUGAGAUGGAGUUAAUCGGGGAUGAUGAGAGGACAGUAUGGAAAUCAGUGUUAUCAAAAGAUGUGUACAGCAACGACUCUCAUCCAACAUCAUUAAUACUCCUUGGGAUUCCUGCUGAGGAGUUUCUGAAGAAACACAGGGCUGAACUCAUUCAGGGAGUCAAAAACCCAAUGCCAAUAGCAGAUGAUCUGUCAUCAAAGUACAUGAUUGGUGAUGAAGAGUACUCCAGAAUAAAAGCUGAAACAACUGAACAGGAGCGAAUGAGAGAACUACUGAACGCAGUCCUCCCUAAAGGACAAGAAGUGACGGGAGCUUGUCUCAAAGCUCUCAGUGAACAUGAACACCAUCUUGUUAAGUACUUGAGUGAAUCUAGCACCUAAUCUGAAGAUGCUGAGGCCUGUCUCCUAGUCUUUGGACAAAGACACUUCUUCACCUAAUCUGAAGAUGCUGAGGCCUGUCUCCUAGUCUGUGGACAAAGACACUUCUUCACCUAAUCUGAAGAUGCUGAGGCCUGUCUUUUAGUUUGUGGACAAAGACACUUACAUGAUUGUAAGUGAAGACCCCCCCCCUGAAAUUGAUCAAAAUUAAUGGGAACAUAUUGGCACUGUACGAAACAUAUGCACGGUGUCCAAUACCACUCAAAUAUACGCCAUUGCAUUCAAAGCUUAUGGCAAAUGUCAUAGGGCAAAUGCCAAGUGUCAUACAGCAAAAAUCCAAAAGAUGGCGAGCUCGCUCCACCGUAGAUUUUCAUAUUGCAAAUGCACAUCAAGUCAAGACCCAAGAGUCAAAUUUUGAUGUAUCACCCCCCUAAAAAAGAGAUUUCUGGACCGUUUUGUCAAUUAUACAUGUAUAAGAACUGUAUGAACAUACUUUUGUCAUAUUUUAUUGUCAUAAUAAAAAAAAAUUAAAAAAUAAAAAAUGUUUUACUUGUCCAUAAGGCAUAUGUUUUGUCCAUUUGCAAUAUGAUUUCAUAGGAAGUCAAAAAUCGAAGUCAAAAGUCAGUGAACCAUUGCCAAAUGCCAUAAGAAAUGUCCAAAUGCAAUAUGAAAUCAUUGAAACUGCCAAAUCAGGAUGUUAUGUCCAUUUGCCAUGUACGAUCAUAAGAAGUCUGUUUCCAAACGCAAAGUCAGUGAAUCAUGUCCAAAUGGCAUUUAUACUUUUAACGAUUUUUUGAAAAACGUCCAACAUGACCAGGGGCACCCCCUAUUGGAUGGUCACGGGUGGGGGGUGCUCCCUACCCUACUAUAGACCCCUUGCUCCCCCCUAAAGGCAUUUACAACCCAUUUUAAAAAUAUGCUCCUGGUAACCCGUUCCAUACACCAGGUGCACGCCUGUCCAUAUGCUUCAAUGAGUGUAUACCAUCACGAAUUUGACAUGCUCAAAACUCCUGCAGAAAUUCAAAAUUGACUGGCCAGAUGAACUCUGGAUGGCCGGGCAGUGAUCGUGGUUCCUCUCCAUCGCUCUUUGGUGUUGAUUUCAGAAUGUCAAUUUGGUGAUGGUCUAUCACUGUUUAAACAUAUUGCAAAUGGACAAAAGUCAGCCAGAAAGUCUCCGUCCAUCAGUCAAUUAGAUAUCAUUCUGAAACCAAACUGAUACAAACUGACACCACACCCACUUUUUCCAACUCGUUUAGAAGCCAACUAUCACAUAUUUUAGAUCAGGGCCAUAAUACACAGCUCCUUCUGUUUAAAGAAUAAUAAAAACAUAAAACGUU